AUGGCAGCAUCAUCGUCUUCCACCAAACCAAAACUUCCUAAAUACUCUCUAGCCGAGAUCUUGUCGGCCACAAACAACUUCAGUAAAGAUCUUGAGAUUGGAAAGGGAGGUUUCGGCAAAGUGUACAAAGGUUUCAUCGAGAAAGAGAAGAGGCACGUGGCGGUGAAGAGGCGAGACCAUAAGUCCAAACAAGGCCAGCAGGAGUUUGAUAAGGAGAUUGAAACCCUGCCUCAGAUCCGCCACCACAACAUCAUUUCUCUCUUUGGCUACUGCGAUGAUCAAGAUGAGAUGAUCCUCGUCUAUGAAUACGUAUCCAACAACACACUCAAGCAUCACCUCAAACUCUCCACCUCCUCGCUCACCUGGCAUCUACGGAUCACUAUCUUGAUCGGCAUCGCUCAAGGCCUGCAUCAUCUCCAUGACUGCACUCCUGGACGCUCAAUUAUAAACCGCGACGUGAAGACCUCAAACAUCCUUCUCACUGAUGAUUUCGUGCCUAAAGUUUCGGAUUUCGGCCUAGCCAAACAUGUGGACUUCGAUAAGAGCCAUGUUAGUACGGUUCUUAAGGGCACGUUUGGGUAUAUUGAUUUAGACUAUGCUUUAAGUCAUAAGCUUACCAGGAAAAGCGAUGUACUUGCUUUUGGUGUGAUAGUGUUGGAAGUAUUGAGUGGGAAAUUAGCACUUGAUGAGAAUCGUGCUGAAGGAGAAGAGCUCCUCUCUGAUUGGGCUUUCACCAGAAAACCUCGCGAGAUUGUAGACCCGAAUGUGACUGGAAAUAUCUCCGAAGAUAGCCUCAACAUAUGUUUUGAGCUCGCUAAAAGAUGCUUGAAUCGUGAUCGAACUCAAAGGCCAAGCAUGAGUGAGGUUUUGUUCGAGCUCCAGUCUGCCCUGCGUUGCUUACACCUUCCGACAUUUACAGGAUCAACACAAGAGGAUCAUAUUAAUCAGGUUGGAUCUAUUUCACUGCUAGAAGAAGACUUUGAAGAAGAAGAAGAAGACGAGCAGAUUCAUGUUCCUUCCAUUUCAAUAGAUGAGUUGAGGUUCAUGACUGAAAAUUUUCAACGGAAUCAUUUGAUUGCUAAUGGAUCCAGAGAAAGUACUGUAUUCUAUGGAGUUCUGCGUGGAAAUGUACAGGUUGCAAUUAAAUGGAACAACAUCAAGUUGCCAGACCAAGCAUUUCUGGAACAGGUUUUUAUACAAUCGUGCCUGAAUCAUGAAAAUGUGGUGAAGCUACUUGGCUUUUGUGUGGAUGAUGAUUCCCAAAUCUUUGUGUCCGAGUUUGCUGCAAGAGGAUCCCUACAUGACAUUCUUCAUGGACGCCAACACCAGAAUGGAAGUUACUUGGUGGCAGGUCAAGCCUUGGGAUGGUCCCAAAGAAUUAAAAUUGCUGUUGAUGUUGCAGAAGGCGUAUGCUACAUUCAUGACAAACAAUUGAUUCAUCACAACAUCAAAUCCAGCAAUGUUUUGCUUUUUAACGAUGAAACUGCUAAGAUGACUGAUCUUCAUCUAUCCUCUCCUUACACAUGCAAUGACCCACAUGUUGGUCGACCAACAUGCGCACAUUAUCAUCCACCAGAAUUUCAAAGGGAGAAGAGUAGUCAUGAGGGUGAUGUUUACAGCUUUGGUAUAGUUCUACUCGAACUGUUGAAGGGUAGGAAUCCGUUUGACCCUGCGUUUCCCAUGGGAGAUAAUCUUUCGAUAUGGGCAAACCCGAUUAAAGAGAACGGGGUACGAAUGAUUUUGGAUCCUGGACUCAUGCAACCCUACCCUCUGAUGGCAAUUUUAAAGAUGGCUACAGUUGCUGCAUCCUGUCUUGCAUACGAAGCAAGUGCCCGUCCAACUAUGGACAUGGUUCUAAGAGAUCUCCGAGCCGCUUCAUGGGAAACAACAGUUUAUAACCAGAAACAUCAGCCACGGGCAACCCGCAGACCUAUUGGAAGGGAAGCUGCUCGAUUCUAGAAUGUCAACAUCUGUUUUAUGAUCGAUGAUUGGAUUCAGUUGAACAAGAUAACUUGUUGUGAGGAUCUUUUAUUACAGAUUGCAUUUCAGCUUGGCACUAGUGCAUGCUUUAACCUCUUUCAAGCCUAUCAAAGAGCCACAUUUCAAUUUGACAUAAAUCGGUUUUUGUGCUUUUUUUUUUAACUGCACAUUGUUUUCCCUUACCGGGCGUGCGAUGGCUGAUCAUCGGAGCAGCUUUAGGCUUCACUAUUUCCAUCACCGGUGAUUCUUUUGGUAGCACUAUUCUGAAGGGAACAAUAUUUAAUUUAGGAUGAA